AAUCAGAAUCCAUCCAGCCCAGAUGUAACCCAGGACAUUAAUAUAAAAUCUUGACGUUGGAAAACAAGCAUUUAUUAGUCUAAAUCUUAGAAUACAGGAAGGAGGGUGUUAUUGGGCGGAAACGUUGGGAUUUGCCUGAAGAGUCCCCCGUUUCCUUGGGCUAAGGAGUACAAGGAGCUUUCACAGGCAAAGCUGCAAACUGGAAGUGACCUGGAGCUGACACACUGGAGCGCUCACUGCCUGGGCUGUGUGGUUUUCUUGCUUUGAGGCGCAGGACGAGCUUCUAGGAGAUGUCCCAGUACAUCCUCUGGAUCUUUUUCUUGGCAACAAUGAAGGCAAGAGGGGAGCUGCCUUUCAUUGCAGAAAACAACGCUGCUAUGAUGGUAAACUGGAAUGCAGUUGAAGAAAACAAAAAGCUAUACGCAAUUUAUGACACAAGUGUGAACGAUCCCGGCAACAUGUCUUUCGUGAAAGAAACUGUGGAUAAAUUGUUGAAGGGCUACGACAUCCGUCUCCGGCCGGAUUUCGGAGGUCCCCCCGUCUGCGUGGGGAUGAACAUCGACAUCGCCAGCAUCGACAUGGUUUCCGAAGUCAACAUGGAUUAUACUUUGACUAUGUACUUUCAACAGUACUGGCGAGAUAAGAGGCUGGCUUAUGCUGGCAUACCUCUCAACCUCACGCUUGAUAACCGAGUGGCAGAUCAACUCUGGGUGCCUGACACUUACUUCUUAAAUGACAAGAAAUCAUUUGUGCAUGGUGUUACCGUGAAGAAUCGUAUGAUUCGCCUUCACCCAGACGGAACAGUGCUUUAUGGCCUCAGAAUCACAACCACUGCAGCUUGUAUGAUGGACUUGAGAAGAUACCCAUUAGAUGAACAGAACUGUACUCUGGAAAUAGAAAGCUAUGGCUACACGACUGACGACAUAGAGUUCUACUGGAGAGGUGGAGAUAAUGCAGUCACUGGCGUGGAGAGAAUUGAGCUUCCUCAGUUCUCCAUUGUGGAAUAUAGACUGGUGUCAAAGAAUGUUGUCUUUGCCACAGGUGCCUAUCCAAGACUCUCACUGAGCUUCAGGUUGAAGAGAAAUAUUGGAUACUUUAUUCUUCAAACCUACAUGCCCUCCAUACUGAUUACCAUUUUAUCAUGGGUGUCAUUCUGGAUCAAUUAUGAUGCAUCAGCAGCAAGAGUUGCCCUUGGAAUUACAACUGUGCUGACUAUGACAACAAUCAAUACUCAUCUGCGAGAGACUUUGCCUAAAAUUCCCUAUGUUAAAGCCAUUGACAUGUAUCUCAUGGGCUGCUUUGUAUUUGUCUUUUUGGCCUUACUUGAAUACGCCUUUGUCAACUACAUUUUCUUUGGAAAAGGCCCUCAAAGGCAGAAGAAACUUGCAGAAAAAACAGCAAAAGCAAACAACGAUCGCUCAAAAUUUGAAGGCAACCGGGUGGACACCCAUGGAAACAUUCUGCUAACAUCUCUUGAAAUUCAUAAUGAGGUGGCAAGCAACGAGGUCACCACCAGCGUUACAGAUGCCAGAAAUUCGACAAUAUCCUUUGACAACUCAGGAAUCCAAUACAGAAAACAAAGCUCACAUCGCGAAAGCCUUGGAAGGCGUUCAUCAGAAAGAACAGGCUCCCAUAGCAAGAGGGGCCAUUUACGAAGAAGGUCUUCACAACUGAAAAUAAAAAUCCCUGAUCUAACAGAUGUGAAUGCCAUCGACAGAUGGUCAAGAAUGGUGUUUCCAUUCACAUUUUCUCUUUUCAACUUAAUUUACUGGCUAUACUACGUUAACUGAUUGACUGAACUUUUUUAAAGGACUUCAGUUGUAACAAGUGAAGUACUACUUGCCUGCAGAGUUUAUAUAUAUAUUUAUAUAUAAAAAUAUAUAUAUAUGAACUUUUACUAUGUAGACCAUACUCGUGUGUGUGAAUAUAUAUGGCAAAGAAUAGUGUGUACUUAAAAGCAUACACUGCAAAGCAAAAGUAUAUGUAUGCACACACACGUGUACACAUUUGUUCUGAGGUUAUGGACACAUUAACAUAGAAUGCACUUCAGAGGAACUUUUUAAAUUGAAAGGCAAGUGUCAUCAAAACAACAAGCCUUGAGAAAGUAAGUGUAUAUUAUCACUACAAAACUUUGAUUGUCAUAAAAAUUUUCAAACAGGUGUAAUCGUGUAUAAAGUCAGUAUUUAGUAACAUUGUAAAUACUGCCAUACACACCAGUCAUAAAGUGAUAGAGUUACACUGGUAAGUUUGAAGUAAAAAUUUAUAUUGUACGUCCAUCAACUAUGAUUUCAUCAAGCCACAGUUAUUUUUCUUUGCUAAAAUUUCUUGGGUUUAUAUAUAUCAUUAUACAUUUUCUCCCAGUCCUGAAUGGGCAUUAUUUUUAAUGAUCUCUUGCUUUUUCUUCUGCAGUAAGCAAGUUGAUCAUGGGAGAGUUGAUCUAGGUCUUUGGCGACAUAUACACAUUCAUAAUAUUUCAAACAAGCAUUUUAAGUGUCCAUCAACAGUGAAACGAAUCUUUUGUAAGUACUGUAAAUGUACAACACAUUUUCCUUCACUUGGACUGGUUCCAGCUGCCAUCUCAUUUUAAAAGAGAACAGCACAUUUUUAGUAUAAUUUAGCUGAGAAUUCAACUACUGUCAAUGUGUUCUACAUCUGCUGUAGAUUUGAAGAUUGUCAUUCCAGUGAAAGUAUAGAAGAUGUCUCAGGUUAUUUACUACUUUGACAUAAAACCACCUAGCUAUAGCUUUUUUUAAACCUACAUUCACAUUAUUUAACAUUCUUAUAACAUUGUAUGUUAAUGUAAAAUAUAUUUGCAUAAUAUGCAUAUAAGUAUAUUUUCUCAAUAUUUUUCUUCCCUGUGCUUGCUAUUGUGACCGCAUGCUAUGUCAUAUUUUUGUUUCUGUGAUGUUACAACUUUUUAUUCUCUAGAAUUGAGCAAAUAGAGCACUUCCAAUACUUUGAUUCAGUAAUGGAGCAUUUUCAUAUUUCAUUUAUAUACGUAAAGUAUAUACAUAUACACUUAUCAAGCUAGUGUGCUACUGUCACGAAUCACAAGAGAUAGCAAAAAGUUUGUUUUGUUUCCACAACAGUUAUGUUCGAACAUAUCGUUCAUGCAAAUGUGACCACUUCAGUUUUCAUCCCAAUUCAUUCCCUCACAAGAUUUGCAACUUUUUUCAGUCCUACAGAUUGUAUUCGUCAAGGUAUGCCAAUUUCAGAUCUGUACACUUAUAUUGUUAUUUAUCAGAACUAAACCUUUCUAAAGAAAAGAAGAUAUAUUUUUUUGUAAAGUGUUUCUAUCAUGUACGCUCACAAAUUACAACAGAUGCAGUAGCAGAAAUAGAUCUAAAAUACGUAAUUCAGGGGUGGCCCUGCCAGUUCUCUGCGUGUAGAAAUCCUCUGGACAUCAACGGGAACUUUUGGCAGAUAGAGAGCUUUGGAUGCUACUUAGAGACGUUUGUGGGAGAAAAAAUGUGCGGAUAUCUAUCUACCAAAAACGCCAAAAAGGGAUGAAACUGAAAAGGCUGCCUUGGCUCUAUAAUGACCCAUGUUCUCCCUAGUACUUGAGGUAUCGGUGAGUAGAACAAUGAUACCUGUAUUGCUGCCAUGUACAGUCUGUUACUGUCUCCACUCCUGACUAUUUGCAACUGAACUGUGAAACUUUGCUCUGGGCUGAAAUUCAGCAUAGAGGAACCUGGGUUGCAAGGUCUGCGUUGUAAUCCCAUCCUCAGGGCUGCUGCUUGAACAGGAAUGGGCUCUGCACAGUUGCCUUGCGGCAAAGCUGCAAUGCGAUCCCCAGCUGGUAGUGUUCACUGUAAACCCAUCUGCCGGCACAUGCAGGAUCAGCACUGCAGUCCUGCUGCAUCCUUGGCAGUGGUGCAAAGUGACUGUAACUGCAAUUUUUUAAGCACUGUAUCUUCAGACAACUAUGAAUGAGCCUCAAAGGAACGUGUAUAGCUGAAGCAGAAAAACUUGUUUUUUAAAAGCUUUUCAGUAUUAGCUCCCAUUGGUAAACCACAAUGUGUUAUGAGCACUCUAAUAUCUCUUCAAACUGUGAAGGGAUUAUAGAUGACAUUGUCAUAAUUAUAAUCAAAUAACUGAAUAAUUAACACCUUCCCAAAGUACACAUUUGGUAGAAUUGUUGAAAAGCUCCCACAAGUUUUUAUCCUAAUGUCGAAAUACAAUUAAAAAAAAAUGUUUUUAAUAAAACUUAAAAAUGGUAGGCUUUGCUUUAGAAAAAUUAGCCCUAUGAAAUCAUCUUCAAGGAAAUCUUUCAGUACAUGACCUAAAGAACUACCCUUAAAAAUGAGGUUCAAGAAGAGAUCAGUCCCACUGCCAUGGUGUAAUCACAAUUCUUUCUUUCCUUCAAGUCCCAGCUCCUAGAAGUUGUGUGAUUGAGCAGGGAUCUCUAACAACAACAAGAAGAGACUUUUCAGUUGUGAUAGAAAUGUGUACUCCAAGUCACAUAGAAGUCAGUUAUCCAGUGGCCUCAGCCAGGAUCAUCAAGCAGAUGAAACACGACUGUCUGGUCAGAGCAAAGAUGCAAAGUGCAUUUUCAGGACUGUGCAUGGCCAAGAGAACAGAGUUUCUGAGGACUCUUCCUCUUUUUCCUGUUGUACAACUGGAUGGUAGUGUGUUACUGCAGCGCCUUUCAUGAAACCAUACUCCCCACCUUGCUAGUUCAUCACAAAAAGUGGGCAGUGGCACCGUUUCAGCAUCUUAAUGAGAUUUCAUAUUCAUUAUUCUACUUUGGUUCCAUGGGGCGCAAGCAGCUUGAAUCUUGAAGUCAUUGUUUGACUUGGAAAAAGCCAGGAAAUUCUCACUUAAGGUUAACACUUCAUCUUUGACACGCAUUUUUGUGCCUUUUUUUGCCAAUUCCUUUCCUCCAGUCCAAGCACUAUUUCUUAUACACAGAGAGACACACACACAACCGUGUGUUAAGAACAGUGUUUGCCUUGACCUUCCAUUUUCUGGCUCUUGUCCUUUUAUCCUAGCUGCAUUCAGUGAUUCUGUUUUUAACCAUAGAUGGUUUUAAGACGAAAAAUGGUAAUUUCAACCAAAUUGCACCAGAAUAAUGUCUUUCAUAGGUAAUUAAGUCCUUUCUAACUCAAAACUACUAUAAAUAAUAUCUGCACAUCAUUGUUUGUAAAAGGCAUUUUAAAAAAAGAAAACUGGAACUACAUCGUGUUAUAGCCCAAAGGGUCAAUAAACAGUAGAAAUAUUAUGGUUGUUUAAGUUGAUUUCUUCCCAUUGUAAAGAUAAACUAAAACCCAGUCUUUUUUGCUUGAGGCACAUCUAUGUAUUUUUGGUAAUCUUCAGCAGUGAAAAAAAAAUAUUAAAUGGAAUGAUGAAGAGAUGCUUUAUGAAAAUAUUGAUGAAUGAAUAUUCAUU